AUGAGGAUCAUUCAGCUGGUCACUGUUUUGACAGUCUAUUGCUUAGUAAUUGCAAUUGACUGUAAAUUUAUUUGUAAACUGGAGCCUAUGAAAAAAAUUGUACAUGGAGGUUUUUCUCAAGGUGUACAAACACGUCAAAUGGGUAGUCAGAGGCUACAGAUUGUACCAUUAUUCGCACCAACUUUUCAUCGUGCUCCAAAGGUUCAAUUUUUAAAGACACAAAUAGUUGAUAAAGCAUUAGAAUUCUGGCAUCAAGCUCUCAGUGUUAAACGACCGUCUAACAAAAAGAUACUCGUAAGAAGGGAUUGUGUGAAUGACAGACUUCGUUUCUAUCCUCAAAAUAACGGAACAUUUGAAACAAUUUGCGAUAUAAAUUGUAUGCCAUCUGCUAAGUGUCAUACAGUCGAAAUACCUCAACAGUAUUUACAAGCUUGUAGAACACCUCAAGGCACCACAGGUUCUGAUGGAUCAGGUAUCCCAGGUCAUGCCUAUUUAAUGGUGAUUGACGCUAGCCCUGCUGGCCCAUGUAGUGAUGGAUGGUUGUUGGCCUAUGCAAAUGCAUGUCAGUUGGAGCAAGGCACUGAUAGACCAAUUACGGGUUACAUCAACUUUUGCCCGAAUCGUUUGGAUGAAAAUUAUCCAAUGAAGACAAUAUUAUUAUCAACAGCAAUACAUGAAAUGGGACAUGCUUUAGGAUUCAACCGUAAUCUCUAUGCAUUUUAUCGUGAUGAAAGCGGUAGACCACGAACACCACGUCAUCCUAAUACAGGAAUGCCCAACACACCACAAGGUGAAUUUGGAAUAUAUGCGGCUAGUCAGGAAGUUGUAAUGGAGGUCCCACGUAUUUGGAAGUCAGCUAGAACAACAGUCAGGCGCAAUGUAGCAGUGAUGGUACUUCCAAAUGUCUUAAAAUUCGCUAGAAGUCAUUUCAACUGUCCAAAUUUAGACGGUGUUGAUUUAGAAAAUGAAGGUUCCAGUGCAACAUAUUUAACACAUUUUGAGAAGAGAGUUGUUCAUGAUGAAUUGAUGGCAGGUAGUGCUGAAUUACCCUCAGUUGUUUCAAGGCUUACAUUGUCCGUUUUUCAAGAUUCUGGAUGGUAUAACGUGAAUUUCAAUAUGGCCAGUGAAUGGAAAUGGGGGAAAAAUUUAGGCUGUGACUUUGUAACAAAAAGUUGUUCUGAAUUCUUGAUGAUUCAAAGAGGCAGAAAUGGACCAACUGGCCCAUGGUGUGAUUUCUUUGAUCAUAAUCGUGUUCAGUGUGCAACGCAUAAUGAUGCAUUUAAUUAUUGUAAUAUGAUACGACAUAAUGAACCUAUCCCACCAGAAAAGCAGCAUAUAACAAAUACAAAUGGUCUAAAUCCAAAUGACAUAAAUUUUCUGGCUGGUGAAAGUAAAUUACAUGAUGGUUGUGCUGUAUUUCAGCCUAUUCCAAACCUUUUCAAUGAGGGUUACACAUCAGUGUGUUCACAUGAAGAAAAUAAUCGUCUUAUCAAAAAUAACCCCUUGAUGCAACAAUUCGGUCCAAAUUCGAUGUGUGUGAAUCACGGCGUAAGAUGGACAAGUGGUGGCAGAAAUUUAAGGGAUUUGGGUGCAUCAUGUCACAAGUAUCAAUGCAGUGGUGGAUUGAAGAUUGUAGUAGGCAAUAGUGUUGUUUCAUGUCCUGGUCAAGGCGGAGAAGUACGUGUGAAUGCACAAGGAAGCAUGGGACCGAUUAAUGGUUCCGCUGUGUGUCCACCAUGUGGUCAGGUCUGUAAGAACUGCUAA